CAAAAUAAACCCAGCUCUCUCUCUCUCCAUCUCUAGACCUUCAACGACACCAACGUCAGCCAAAAUGGUGACGUUUCCAACCGCGCCGCCCUUCUCGCUCUCCGCUCUCCGCUCUCCGCUCCGCACCAGACCCCUGUAGCUUACUGGUUUUGCCCCAAGACGACGAAGAUGACCCUUUUCUCUCUACCUUCUUCUUCUUCACACCCAAAUUAAUCACCAUAACCACCACUGAGCUCUCUCUCCAUACCCAACCAUCAAUCCCAUUGCAAUCAACACCAAGCCUAAAUGGCUUCAUAUCUUCAUGAAAUUACCCUUUACAUUCUCAGAAAACCCACUUCAUCACUUUAGAUUUACUAGGCCUGAUCUGGAAAUACAUAGUGGAGAAUGAACAACUCUUUCAUUCUUACGAAACUCUGCUCGUCAGCUAACUUCGGCGUCUAAAAACUCCAUCUUCUGUUGCUCAGAUAGUCACGACUUCUUCAUAAACGUUGUUCAAAAUCGAGUCUUCUAAACUGUCUUCAAAUUUCAUGAAAAUCCAACGGUUGAAUCUUCCAAAAUCAAGUCCCUCUUCAAAAUGGGUCGAGUUCUUCUCUUGAGAUUGAAUUCAAUUCAUGAAGUACUCAUUUCAAUCUUGAGCAAGUUGAAGCCAUCAAGGAGAGAGAGAGGCAAAAGGAGAACAUAUGCAAUCUGGGUACCCCACCCAGCCCAACACCAACGCCGCCCAAGCCGCCCAGCACCCGCCGAAACCCACCUAUCUGCUCUGGGUAUUUGAGUUUUUGUUAACGAAAUCCGGGAUCUAGUGAUGAUUCUGGUCAUGGGUAUGCAUAUCCUCGGUCCAGCGAGAAAAUACUGGAGGAUGAGAGCUUCCGGAUAAUAGAGGGUCUUUAACCAGACGGAGAUCAGGAGAGAUGUGGAAGAAGAAGAGCAUGCAGAAUUUGCAGGGAGGAAACAACAAUAUGGCCCAAGACCCAACUGAAGAGGCAGAGUAUGCUGUUCAUCACAAUACUCUGUGUAUGUGAAUGCUUAAGUUUAGUUGACUAUGUCUUUGUCUGUUGUCUCUCAGCAGUACCCUGCAUAGUAUAUUCCCUCCCUCCCAUUUGAAAUUUUCUGCUGAUAUUAUAUGCAUUAAACAAGUCCUAUAAUCACAAUACGCGUUUCAACUAAUCAAUGGAACCAACCCACCCUGUCUUCUACUUAACAUUAACUAAUCAUCCACAUUGUUUAAUCAAAUUCCCCAAUCCUCUCCAAGACUACUACUACUCUUCUCUUCUCCCACCUCCUGAUAUCAACUCAUCUGCCAAGUUUUUGUCUUUGUAUUGAUCAUGGGACAAGAAACUAGGAGACUCGCCGAUGAGUAUGAGGUAGCUGAGAUUUUAGGGAGAGGAGGAUUCUCAGUAGUCAGGAAAGGCAUUAGUAGAAAAGCAGGUACCAGUGACAAAAACAAUGUUGCCAUCAAAACACUCAAAAGACCAUUUGGGGGAUCUUCCUCUUCCUCUUCCUCAUCCAAAAACUCUUCAUUUAAUCCUGGUUUGGAGCAGGGCUUCCCAGUCCCGACUAGGAAACAAGUCUCUAUAUCUAAUGUUUUGCUCACAAAUGAAAUCUUGGUCAUGAGGAAGAUAGUUGAGAAUGUCUCGCCCCAUCCGAAUGUGAUUGACCUCUAUGAUGUGUAUGAGGAUGAGAAUGGGGUUCACCUUGUGCUGGAGCUUUGUUCUGGUGGCGAACUCUUUGAUAGGAUUGUGAAGCAAGAGAGGUACUCUGAGGCAGGGGCUGCAGCUGUGGUCAGGCAGAUUGCACAGGGCUUAGCUGCUCUGCACAAGUCAAAUAUUGUUCAUAGGGAUUUGAAGCCUGAGAAUUGUCUCUUCUUAAAUAGUAGUGAUGAUUCUCCAUUGAAGAUCAUGGACUUCGGGCUCAGUUCUGUUGAAGAGUUUACUGACCCUGUUGUUGGCUUGUUUGGUUCCAUUGAUUAUGUCUCACCAGAGGCUCUUUCUCAGGGACAAAUCACUUGUAAAAGUGAUAUGUGGGCUCUCGGUGUAAUCUUGUAUAUCCUUCUCUCUGGGUACCCACCUUUUAUUGCUCAGUCGAAUCGGCAGAAGCAGCAGAUGAUAAUGGCCGGAGAAUUCAGCUUUUACGAGAAAACUUGGAAGGGAAUUUCCUUAUCAGCGAAGCAAUUAAUAUCAGACCUCCUCAAAGUUGACCCUGAAAAGAGACCUAGUGCUCAAGAGCUUCUGGACCAUCCAUGGGUUGUAGGUCUUUCAGCCAGAGAGGACCAAAUGGAUGCUGAGAUUGUUUCACGACUGCAGAGUUUUAAUGCUCGACGCAAACUCCGUGCUGCAGCAAUAGCUAGUGUGUGGACAAGCUCCAUUUUCUUGAGGACAAAGAAGCUCAAAUCAUUGCUAGGGUCCCAUGACCUUAAACAGGAGGAAAUCCAGAACCUGAGUUUGCAUUUUAAGAAAAUAUGUGUAAAGGGUGAUAAUGCAACUCUGUCUGAAUUUGUGGAGGUGCUGAAAGCAAUGAAAAUGUCAUCACUGGUCCCUCUAGCACCCCGUAUUUUCGACCUAUUUGACAACAACCGAGAUGGAACAGUAGACAUGCGAGAGAUACUCUGUGGUUUCUCUAGUCUCAAGAAUUCACGAGGAGAUGAUGCUCUCCGCCUGUGCUUCCAGAUGUAUGAUACAGAUCGAUCAGGAUGCAUCAGUAAAGAAGAAGUGGCAUCUAUGCUCAGGGCUUUGCCAGAUGACUGCCUUCCAGCUGAUAUUACAGAACCUGGGAAAUUGGAUGAAAUUUUUGAUCGAAUGGAUGCCAACAGCGACGGAAAAGUUACCUUUGAUGAGUUCAAAGCUGCCAUGCAGAGAGACAGUUCUCUCCAAGAUGUAGUCCUCUCCUCUCUUCGGCCACUAUAGCUACUUAGCUCUUCCUAUCAUCAAACUUCCACACUUCUAAUAGUUUUAAAUCUUUCUUAUGUUAAGAGGCAAGGUGGUGAAGAACAAUGACCAAAAAACUGAGAUGUAUUUCAUUGAUAAUAGGGUCUCUAUAUAUAGAGGAUUACAUGUACAAUCGUCUUCCUUAGUAAGAAAUCCUAUACACAAA